ACAAAAAUUUCUUUUAAAAUAAAUUAUUUAAAAUUAAAAGCUAUUUAACAAUUUUAGCAAAAUGACGGCUGAAAUAGAUACAAGUUUACUGGUGAUUGUAUUAGACAUCAAUCCUGUACAACGUAUAGUGAAACAAGAGACAAAGAUAUUGUCACAAUGUUUGGAUUCUACAGUCGUUUUUGCCAAUGCUCAUCUCAUGCAGUCGUCUAAUAAUGAAUUAGCGAUUAUGGCAUGCCAUGGUCAUAGUGCCAAAUUUCUCUAUCCAUGUGAGAAUAUGGCAGAAAUAAGACAGAUAGAUGGCCAGUAUGAAAAAUUUACUAUGGUAGAGCGCACAGUGCGUCAGCAAUUGCAACAAGUUAUCAAUGAAAUUUCAAUGAAUACUCCAUUAAACACGGAAAGUCUCAUCUCAGGUGCCCUCAGUAUGGCGUUAUGUUAUAUUGCUCGAUUGGAGCGAGAAAAGUUUGCUAAUCAGAAAUUGCAUUCUAGAAUGUUGGUGAUUACUGCCAGCAAUGAUUCUGCCAUGCAAUAUAUGAACUAUAUGAACAUAUUCUUCACAGCACAGAGAAUGAAUGUCAUUCUAGAUGUGUGCAGUCUGGAUCAAGAAUUGACACUCUUGCAACAAGGCUGUGAAAUUACUGGUGGCAAUUAUCUACAAGUGCCACAGCUUGCUGGAUUGCUACAAUAUUUGUUGUGGGUUUUCCUGCCAGAUCCCAGUGUUAGAUCAAAAUUAGUCUUGCCACCACCAGUAAAGGUAAACUAUAGAGCGGCAUGCUUCUGUCAUCAAGAUCUCAUUGAUAUUGGAUAUGUUUGUUCUAUAUGUCUGUCAAUUUUUUGCAAAUAUAGUCCAAUAUGUACAACUUGUCACACGGUAUUCAAGAUGCCAGGACCUAUGCCAAUGAAGAUAAAAAAAAAGAAAAAGACUAUAGAUAUUGUUCAUUAAUGUUACAUAUUUCAUUACAUAAUUAUAUUUCACAUAAAUAUAAAAAAAAGUCAUAAUAUAAAAACAG